CCCCGCUUUGCUCCGCCUGAAAGGAUGGACACAUUGGAGUCGGAGCUGACCUGCCCAAUCUGCCUGGAGCUCUUCGAGGACCCACUGCUGCUGCCCUGCGCCCACAGCCUUUGCUUCGGCUGUGCCCAUCGCAUCCUUCUCUCCCACUGCGCCUCAAACGAGCCCGUCGAGUCCAUCGGCGCUUUCCAGUGCCCCACCUGCCGCUAUGUCAUCUCGCUCAGCCCGCAGCGCGGCCUAGACGGACUGAAACGCAACGUGACUCUCCAGAACAUCAUCGACCGCAUCCAGCGGGCUUCAUCUUCCGGGCCCAACUCCCCCGGAGAACCCCCGCCUCUCGCCGCCAUGACCACCGCGCCGCUGCCGGAGCCGGUCCAGUGCCAGUUUUGCGAGCAGGACCCGCCGCAAGACGCGGUGAAGACGUGCGUCACCUGCGAGGUGUCGUACUGUGAGGAGUGCUUACGCGCUACCCACCCCAACAAAAAGCCCUUCACAGGGCACCGGCUGAUCGAACCGCUGCCGGACUCGCACCUGCGAGGCCUCCAGUGCCUGGAGCACGAGGAGGAGAAGGUGAACAUGUACUGUGUAACGGAUGAACAGCUCAUCUGCUCUCUGUGCAAAUUAGUGGGACGCCAUCGUGACCAUCAGGUGGCAGCACUGAGCGAACGAUAUGAGAAACUAAAGCAAGCAUUGGAUUCUAACCUCAGCAGUUUAAUUAAGAGGAACAACGAGUUGGAAUCUCUCAUGGGAAAGUUGAUUCAGACUUGCCAGCAUGUGGAGGUGAACGCAUCCCGACAGGAGGGCAAACUUAUGGAGGAAUGUGACCUUCUGAUUGAAAUUAUCCAGCAAAGACGACAGAUCAUCAGCACCAAGAUCAAAGAGGGAAAGGUGGUCAGGUUGCGUAAGCUGGCCCAGCAAAUUGCCAACUGUAAACAAUGUAUUGAGCGGUCCUCUGCUCUCAUCACUCAAGCAGACCAGACUCUGAAGGAAACCGACCACGCCCGCUUUCUACAGACGGCCAAGAGCAUCUCUGAGAGAGUCUCCAUGGCGACAGCAUCCUCACAGGUCCUGAUACCUGAGAUAAAUCUGACUGACACUUUCGAUACGUUUGCGCUUGACUUCACUCGAGAGAAGAAGUUGCUGGAGAACCUUGAUUACCUCACAGCACCAAAUCCGCCAGGCAUCCGUGAGGAGCUUUGCACAGCCUCAUACGACACCAUAACUGUGCACUGGACAUCAGAUGAUGAGUUCUGUGUGGUUUCCUAUGAGCUGCAGUACACCAUCUUUACCGGGCAGGCCAAUAUUGUCAGUCUGUGCAAUUCGGCUGAUAGUUGGAUGAUCGUGCCCAACAUCAAGCAAAACCAUUACACUGUGCACGGUCUACAGAGUGGCACCAAGUACAUCUUCAUUGUCAAGGCUAUCAAUCAGGCUGGCAGUCGCAGCAGUGAACCAGGAACUCUUAAGACCAACAGUCAGCCAUUCAAGCUUGACCCUAAGUCUGCUCACAGAAAGCUAAAAGUGUCACAUGACAACCUGACAGUGGAGCGGGACGAAACAUCUUCCAAGAAGAGCCAUGGUCAAGAUCGCUUCAGCAGCCAAAGCAGCUACGGUGUCACUGGCAAUGUUUACAUCGACAGUGGACGGCAUUACUGGGAAGCUCUCAUUGGAGGAAGCACCUGGUACGCUGUGGGCAUUGCCUAUAAAUCUGCACCUAAACAUGAAUGGAUUGGGAAAAACUCAUCCUCCUGGGUGCUGUGUCGCUGCAACAAUUCCUGGGUGGUACGCCACAACAGCAAGGAGCUGGCCAUCGAGCCAUCACCCCACCUGAGACGUAUUGGCGUGCUGCUGGACUACGAUGCCGGCUCGCUGGCGUUUUACGAUGCCGUAGGCUCCCAACAUCUCCACACCUUCCACGUGUCCUUCGCUCAGCCAGUUUGUCCGGUCUUCAAUAUCUGGAACAAAUGUCUGACAGUUCUCACUGGCCUUCCAAUCCCAGAUCACCUGGAAGGGGUGGAGCCUCUGGACUGACCCACAGGAGAGUGUC